UCUCUCUCUCUCUCUCUCUCAUCUUUCUUUUCUUUUCCAUCACUUCUUCUUCUUCUCUUCUCACUUUUUCUUCUUCUCUUCUCAGAUGAAGCUGAGGCUGAGGCUGAUGAGCAGCAAACAAUCCUUUUAACAUGAGUGUUGGGUUUCUUUCAUGGUUUGCUAAAUUGGAAUCUCUUGCCCACUUGUGUGUAGUGGAGGAUAGUGAUUACUAUAAGUGACUGCUUCUAUAAUGGAAUUGAUGACAAAGUCCUCGUUGAAAUUUUUCUUGAAGGAGGAAGCGAGUUUACCUCUAUUGUCCUUGACGUGGGUUAUGGUUUUGAUUGCCAAUAGAGGUAUAUGCACCUUGAUUUCUUGGGAAACAUGCAGGUGGAACUUCAAUUCCAUGGCAGUGCUGAUGUAAACGAGAAGGAUGCAAUAUUCAAUUAUCAAAGGAAAUAUCUUCCUAUACAGCAGCUUGUCCCUGGUGGUUCUCCUGAUUCAGAAUGUGCGGUGGUAUGCAAGAUUGCUUUUGUUAGUGUUGUGAAAUUGGCAGAUCUAAAGAAGAAUGUUGAUGAACAAGAAAGUCUGGUGUUUGCUACUUUAGCUAGUGACUUGGUAGUCCGAGGACUAAUAUUACUAUCAGUUGUUAUGACUUUUUUUAAUUUUUUUUUGUUGGUUCUUGUAUUUGAAAUAGAGAGUUUAUUUGCAUUGUUGACUUCUUCUUAACUCUCCAACGACCAUAUGAAGAUUUCUAGGGUGUGAGAAAUAUGAAACAAUUUGAAGAGCAUGUAGGUAAAGGGCCAUCAAGAUGCUAACUAUAAAUCUGACCCUUGUGCACUAAAGUUUUCCCUUUCUUAAAAAUGAA